AUGAAGGGACCAACGGAAGCCACCAGCCGCACCCACGACAUGCUGCCUUCUAACCCUCCUGACACCUCCAACGAGCACACGGCGCUAUCAAUUAGCUAUUCAGAUACUUACUCCCAACAUCCAGAAGCCUACCCUGAUCACCAUAACGGUGUCAGCGAUGGCGAAAGCCAUAGAUUCAGCAGCAAGAAAAACAACACGUCUACAGUGAUUAACUCUAUUCCAAACCCAGAUGCGGAUCAUGCCGAUCGCUACUUGGUCAAUCGAGUCGAUCUCCCUCCCGUGAACCCUAGCGCGGGUAAAUUUCCCUACUGCCUGGUCUGGACGCCGCUGCCAGUGAUCGCGUGGCUCGUGCCGUUCAUCGGCCACCUAGGGAUUUGCCGGGAGGACGGCACCAUUUUGGACUUCGCAGGGUCGUACUUCGUCUGCGUGGACAAUUUCGCCUUCGGAGCUGCGUCGCGAUACCUCCAGUUAGACCCAGCUAAGAUUGGACCACCGCAUAAGCCCGGCGUCGUUCCCUUCCAGUCCCACUUCUGCAUUCCCUUCCCUCUGCGCUCAAGUCUUACCCUCCUUCCCUCUACAUUCAUCCUUUUCCACCUUCACUCUACGUCCCUUAAUUCCCCUCCUUCCCUUUGCGUUCCAUCCUUCCCCUCUACCCUUCUGCAUUGUAUCCUCCCCUCCUUCCGUUUGCAUUCCAUACUUCAACACCUCUCGUUGGAGUUUGCAUCCCUCUAUUGCAUCCUUCCCCUCCUGUACUCUUUAUUGCAUCCUUCCCCUCCUUCCAUCUGCAUUCCAUCCCUCCCCUCAUUCCGUUCAUUGCAUCCUUCCCCUCCCUCCCUCCCACUGCGUUCCAUUCCAUCUUUCCCUUCCUUUCCUCUGCAUUGUAUCCUUCUCCUCCUUCCCUCUGCAUUCCAUCCUUCCCAUCCUUCCCCUUCUUUCUUCUUUAUUGCAUCCUUCUCUCCUCCCCUCUGCAUUGCAUCUUUUCCCACCUUCCGUCUGGGCUGCAUGCCCCCCUACCAGGCAUGUCUGCCAUCCAACUUGUCAGGGCACAUCUGCAGCACACCCUUUCUCCAUGCUGACUAUGGCACGUCCCAGAGCUGGGACCAGGCUUUGGCAGCAACAGUGCGCACAUAUCAGCAUGCAUUCUACAAUAUUUUCACCUCGAAUUGUCACUCGUUUGUGGCUUGCUGCCUCAAUCGGAUGGCAUACAACGGAAGUGCGAAUUGGAAUGUGGUGGAGCUUGCUGCGCUUCUGUUUGUCCGUGGUAAAUGGUCACGGAGCCUCUCCUUCAGUCGGGUGGCUCGGCGCGCUGUUGUUCGUUCCCAAGCGACCGCCGAAGAAGCACCCAUAGCAUUUCAGAUCGGUGAAACGAGCCUCUCCAUUCCUUUCUCUGUGGAGAGAGCUAAGGCUCUCGACGCUGCCAUAUCCACCCUCCUGCAAACCUUCCGGGAGAAGGAGAAGGCCACCCGACCACAGAGAUGGACCACGAUGGAAUAUCGCCACGCUGGGGAUGUCAGUAACGGCGACGUUUUUAUCGAGGUAUUCUGCAACCCCAACGCAUACGCGAAUGCGUUUCAGGCUAAGGCGCUGAUUACAGUGAAGGAUGACCGAAUGAAGUUCACUUCGGAAGCUCGAUGGUGUUUCUCCCAGUACGGGUUGCGCCCGGAUCGCUCUACGAUCGGCCGCAUCCUAAAAACCGCCGAGCGAUGGGAUGUGACGUCCGACGGCGCCAACCCGGUGCGCCGUCGGGCAGGCGCCUGGCCAGAGCUGGAGCAGGCCAUGGGGCGGUGGAUAGCAAACGCAGGACCCGCCGGUGUGCCCCUCACACUCCAAACCAUCCGCGACCAUGUCGCGGCGAUGGCCAGGAACAUGGGCAUUCCGCCCACCUUCCGAUGCUCGAUCGGCUGGGUGCGCCGUGCAUUGCGGCGCCAGGGCGUGAGAUGCCGUGCGGCACAGGGCGAGGCCGCCAGCGCAGAUAUGGCGGCCGUGCGCGACGCCCGUGAGAAGAUGCCGCGACUCCUCACGCAGCUCGGCGUCGCCCCGCGGGACACCUUCAACCUCGACGAGACUGCUCUCUGGCUGUCGGUGCUUCCGCGGCGCACGUACAGCAGCGGCCGCAUACCAGGCCGCAAGGUCUCGAAGGAGCGAUUGACCGUCGCAUUCCUCGUGAAUGCGGACGGUAGCCAUGCAUUCCGGCCGCUUGUGAUAAGCAAGGCGAAGAGGCCGCAUGACUUCCGGCCCGACUAUGACCCUGAGGCGCUAUGCUACUGGCGCCAUAACGCCAAAGGCUGGAUGACGUCGCCUUUAUUCACGCAUUUCAUUACUCAUCUCAACGCGGCGAUGUUUGCCGAGGGUCGCAAAAUAGUGGUGCUGCUGGACAACGCGAGCAGCCACAUGCUGCGCGCCGUAGAUGCAUGGAGCGAGAUCGUGUGCGGCGUCAGGACCACGUGCAUGAGCCACGUGCGGCUUGUCUUCCUGCCGCCCAAUACCACGGCAUUCACUCAGCCGCUUGACCAGGGCAUAAUCGCCACCGCGAAGGCCCGCUACCGCCAGCAUUGGCUGCGGGCCUUCUCGGGUUUAUGGAACGCCGACGGAGCGACUUCCGCGGUCGCUCGAUUCCGGCCGAAUCUGCGAGAUGUGCUCGAGUGGCUGUCGGAGUCGUGGACCUCCGUCGGCGCGCGCACCAUUCAACGAUGUUGGUGGCGCACGGGGUGUCUUCCCCUCUCGUGGUCACUGGAGCUGCCGCACGUGCAUGAUGACGAGCCCAUCCCCGCAGCUUAUCCCGACAUCGAACUCGACGAUGACAUCGAUGAUGUCGGGACGCUUAUUAACACGCUCGACCUCGGGAAUGCGGCAAUGACGGCGGCGGAAUACGUCGCCAUCGACGACGCGGAGCCCACGUGUGCGGAAGGCACGGCACACCCGCCCGUGACAGAGGAGGAGAUGCGCUCGGAGGUGGAGCUCUGGCAGGCGCCGACGACCAUGCAGGCCGUUUACGACGACGCCGACCCCGUGUGCCGUGAAGCGCGCCGCACUGCUCGUGCGGCGUGCGAGAUGCUCAUCGGCUACGCCCGGGCCACCCGCAUCACUCCGCGCGAUCUGUGCGCUCUUUUCGACAUCCGCAAUCCAAUCAUAAUCGCGCGGAUGGAGCGGGCGAGCCCGGGAUUCAAUCUCAACGUGGCGCCGCAGCCCGUACCCUCCCCCGGCGCAACCCCCACUCCCGAGACACCUCGUCCGCGGGGCCGUGUGCUGCCCGACUGGAUGACCCGCCAGUCCCGCCGUCAGCAGCUGCUUGAUGCCGGGGUGGGCGCCGUGAUGGACGGCUAUGUGGAUGCAGCGGAAUGGAUGCGUCUGUGA